AUGAUCGAUUACCUUAAUGCCACCUAUGCAACAACAUGGGGAGCUUAUCCGGAUUCUCUGAGCGGAGGUACCCGUUUCCCGAUCCGUUUUGUACUGGCCCGCCGUACGCCCGGUUGUGCCGCUACCAACGGUAUCAUCCGUGUCAAUGGUUCUGGCCUCGCCGGUUAUACCGCCGGUGGUAUCAACCUCGACCAAACCCUCGGCGCUGCUGAUGAAGAUGUAAAAGCAUUGAGCAUCUGGAGCAACCAUGAUUAUUAUAACAUAUGGGUUGUAAAUAAGAUUGACGGAGAAGAUGGUAUUUCACCCGUAUCUUCCUACGUAGCCGGAUACGCCUACUUCCCAGGUGCCGGCGCCACUCGUGAUGGCACCGUGAUGCUGGCUUCCAAAGCUGCGGCCGGACAAAAAACAUUACCCCAUGAAAUGGGUCAUGCCUUCGGUCUUUAUCAUACGUUUCAAGGCGGAACAACAACCGUAUGUCCGCCAAACACCAACUGUAAUACAGACGGUGACAUGAUCUGCGAUACCCAGCCGCAACGCCAGAGCAAUUUUAACUGCCCGACAGAUCCUAACCCCUGCACCGGCACUUCUUACAAUAAUGUGCAGCGCAAUAUCAUGGACUAUUCAAGCUGCCCCGACCGGUUUACGCCUGGUCAGCGCACCCGCUUUUUCUCCUCGCUGCUUGCUGAGCGCCCUUCCCUGCUUUCUUCUUUAGGCCUGUUGGCACCAACAACGCCCGGCGUAACCGCUGCUGCCUGUACGCCAACCACCACUACCCCGGGUAAUACCUUUAACGCAGGACCUUCGAAAGUGAUCCUGAAUGAUAUGACUGCCGAAACAGAAGGUGGGUAUACCCGCGAUGGUAACCGUGUUUAUUUUGAUAAUGCCUGUAUCCAGCGUGCCAAUGUAACCAUUGGUCAAUCCUAUCCAUUGUCGGUAACUACCGGCCCGAACCCGGAGCGCGUUCGUGUUUAUAUCGAUUAUAAUAACGAUGGCAUCUUUGGCACUACCGCACCAGAGCUGGUUUAUAGCCACGAUGGUACAAGGAGUAAUGAAGUACAUGCAACUAAUAUUACCAUACCUACAACCGGAGUUGUUACCUGCGUACCCUUGCGUAUGCGCGUAGUAAGUGACCGCGUUGCAGCUGCCACAGCACCUACCGCCUGCGGACCCCUGGUUACCGGGCAGGCAGAAGAUUAUAGUGUACAGGUGCAGGGACCAAGUAAUACCGGAACGGUUUCAAUUGCCCUGACCGGUGGUUCCAAUCCAUCCUGUAUCAACGACCCGCUUACGUUUACGGCUACGCCUGCCGGUUCUGCAACCGCCCCUACCUUUAAAUG